UGUGUCUGUUUGUGUGUGUGUCUUUGAGUGUGUGUCUGUUUGUGUGUGUGUCUUUGAGUGUGUGUCUGUUUGUGUGUGUGUGUGUGUCUUUGAGUGUGUGUCUUGUUGUUGCUGCAUCUGUGUGAGUGAGGAUGAGGUCAUCAGGACUACUGCUGUGUGUACUGGCUGUAGCGACGGUGUCCUCCUCCCGGUUCCCCCGUGACACGUCAUCUCAGAGCCCCAGGGUCAUUACGGAGGAGACCAACCCCACAGACCUUCUCCUGGACACUCUGAACCCCAACAGCUCCCUCCCUGUCCCCCCUCUCCCUCCCGCCUUCCGACCACGCCCACCAGGCCCCUACCCCCCCAUGUGUAUCAAGCCCACAGAGAUUAAACAAGCCUUUAAGUAUGUGAACACGGUGGUGAGCUGUGUGAUCUUAGUGGUGGGGAUGAUCGGUAACUCCACCUUAUUAAGGAUCAUCUAUAAGAACAAGUGUAUGAGAAACGGACCCAACGUUCUGAUUGGCUCUCUUGCCUUGGGGGAUCUUCUCUACAUCCUCAUCGCUAUCCCCAUCAACGUCUUCAAGCUGAUAGCAGAGGACUGGCCGUUUGGGGUUCAUGUAUGCAAGUUGAUGCCAUUUAUCCAGAAGGCUUCAGUAGGAAUCACUGUCCUCAGCCUGUGUGCCCUGAGCAUCGACAGGUACCAUGCGGUGACAUCAUGGAGUAGGGUGAAGAGGAUAGGGAUCCCUCUGUGGAAGGCUAUGCAGGUCACAUUCAUAUGGCUGGUUGCUGUCCUGCUGGCUGUUCCUGAGGCUGUGGCCUUUGACAUGAUGGAGAUGCCUUACAGAGGCAGCAAGCUACGAGUCUGUCUGUUACACCCCCAACAGAACACUGCUUUUAUGAAGUUCUACCAGGAUGUGAAGGACUGGUGGUUGCUAGGGUUUUAUUUCUGUCUUCCUCUGGCCUGCACCGGCGUCUUCUACACCCUGAUGUCCUGGGAGAUGUUGAGCAGGAAGAAAGGCAUGAGGAUCGCUCUUAACGACCACAUGAAACAGCGUCGCGAGGUGGCUAAGACAGUCUUCUGCUUGGUGGUGAUCUUUGCACUGUGCUGGCUACCGCUCCAUCUCAGCCGCAUCCUGAAGAAAACCAUCUAUGAUCAGAACGACCCCAACCGCUGUGAACUACUCAGUUUCCUACUAGUGAUGGAUUAUAUCGGUAUCAACAUGGCGUCUCUCAACUCCUGUAUCAACCCUGUCGCUCUCUACUUCGUCAGCCAGAAGUUCAAAAACUGUUUCAAGUCUUGUCUGUGCUGCUGGUGUACAAGGAGCAGGAAUGUGAUUCCAGAGAGAGGCGGUGUCCGCUGGAAGGGAAGCUGUCAUGGCAACGAACUCGACAGAACAAGCUCUCGUUCCAGUCAGAAAUACACCUCCACCUAAACAAACACACACACACACA